CACUUUGAUAUCAGACAUCGCUACUGCAUGGUGAGUGUGUGCUAGUGCUUCUCAACAAAAAUAAUAUUUUACAUAGAUUGUUCAAUUCAAUUUGUAGCCACAUCAUAAUUAAGACUACGCUUUUCAAUACAGUAAUUAUAUAGUUUUUGCUGUUAUGAACUUUUAUACCACAUGUCUGUUGACCUGCCAUAAACACUAUAGGUCAAAUUCAAGACUCUUUUUCUCAGUGAUUCCUCGUUGGUGGAAUGCCUGUGUUCUCCGUUCCUGUAAUAGUUUUGGGUCUUUCAAGAGCGGUCUAAUGACAUCUGUUCAGCAUACACUUUUUUACACGGUUCUUAUGAGUUAUGUUUUUUAUAUUAUAGUAUGUGUUUAUUAGGCUAUUCAUUGAUAUUGCAUCAUUCUGAUCAACAAAUAAAACAAAUAGAAAGCAACUCCUCACAGUCAGUCCAUCAAGUGAUUUUGGAAAGUCAUUUGUAAGUUUUCCAGGAUUUCCAUAAUGGAUGAAUUUAGUGAGGGUCUGAAAGCAGAACUGAGCACCACCACAGCGGAUGAGCUGAGAACAUUUAUUGCCGAUAAGACCAAAGAGGCACAGGACAAGGAGCUCGCCAUGAGGGCUACUCUGGAGAACCUUGUACGGUUCCUUGCAGAGAUGGAGCAAUCCAGUAAGGCAGAGGUCGAGGAGUGGCAAAGAGAGAAAGCGAGGAUUGAGGCAGCUAUACAGGCCGACCUCCGCAAUAUGGAGGAGAACAUUCACCUGGACCACAUAUUACUGACACGUUUAGCGACAACGCUGACUGAGAAGGCAGAGAUGGAGAGACAGAAACUCUCAAGCCUACCUCUGGCGAAAGAACACCAGAGGAUAGUCUCUCCUGGAGAAGGAGUUUGACUAUGACUAUGAUAACAUUAUGUUAAAUGAUCCAGAGCGUGCUAAAAGAGAGUCAGAGAACUGGACCAGAUGGACCCAAGAGAGAGUGGACAGCACCUUAAAAAUGGCGUUGACUGCUGCUGCCAUCAAACAACAGUGGCUACAGCAGCUGAAAAGCCAGGCUGAAAAAUGGAUGGUGUCUAUUCCUCAGGUUUCAGACGGACCUGCUCAAGAGGUCAACGACAUCCAAAUUAAGCUGAGCCUUGAUGAUGGCCUCCAGUCUCUGAGCUUCAGCAGCCAGAAAGCUGAACAGGUCGUUGUUCAAAACCAGAUGCUCCAGGCGAAGAUUGAUGCAAAGUUGGACAAAAAGAUGGCACGUCUUGUGGCUGAGGCCAUUAAAAAGGAGGAGAAGAUCAGGGCUGCAGAGCUGAAGAAGAGGAGGCAGAUGGAGGAAAAGACAAGGAAAAAGCUGGAGGAAAUACACAAGGCCGAGCUGAAGGAAAAGAAAAGGAGGGAGGCUAAGGAGAAAAAAGAGGCCGAAAAAAUGGAGAGGAGGCGAGCAAAAGAGGAGAGGGGCGAGACCACACAGCCCAGAUUUUGUUUCUGCUUCAGGAAAUCUUCCCGAUCAAAAGACAAUGACCAAGAAGUCCGUAGCACUGAUAAUGAAUAAAUAAUAUUUUUCAGUCCAAUAAAUGUAACCACCA